AAGUUGUACUUGUACUUGGAAAUAUUUAACUAUUUGUGAUUUGUCAAUGUCAAAUAAUUUAUAUUUGUGAUUUGUGGAUGGAAAUUGGUAUAAAAAUUCGAAAUCAAUCUAUUGAGAAUAUAAACGAUAUUAAAUUAGUUCUAUAAAGAAAGGGAGCGCACAAUUACUUUCAACUAAUAACAACAUUAUAAAUAAUCUUCUAUCAUGAAUCCAUGUUCUGCGGCAGCUCCACAACAAGAUACUGAAGGUGACGGCAGAUGGAAUAGCAUUCACAACAGAUUCCUUUCGGAUGCCAAAGGAAAAGACGCAGACGUUAUUUUCAUAGGAGAUUCCAUAUUACAAGCUCUAGAACACACUGAAGUUUGGAAUCAAUGGUUUGCACCACUCCAUUGCCUUAAUUUUAGCAUUCACAAGGAUCAAACUCAAAAUGUAUUGUGGCGUAUAAAAAAUGGUGAACUUGAUCAUGUUGAUGCAAGAGUAAUAGUGCUGCAUGUUGGAACCAAUAAUGUAGAUCAUACACCUGAACAAGUCUGCGAAGGUAUCUUAGAAAUAGUCCACACUAUCAGGGAGAAACAUCCAAGUGUUUAUAUUGUGUUACCUAGUCUGCUCCCAAGGGGUCAGUAUCCAAAUGUGUUAAGAGAAAAGAAUGCCAAAAUCAAUCAACUUUUGCGUGAAAAAGUUGCUUGCAUUAAUAAGGUAGAAAUGGUGACAAUAGAUAAAGGUUUUAUACAAAAUGACGGAACAAUUAGCCAUCACGACAUGCACGACUACCUCAUACCAACAAAUGCAGCUUGUAGGAAGGCGUUUGAACCAGUCUAUGAUCUCUUACAACAGAUAUUAUCUGAAGGUGAACCUGAAAAAGACUUGACACCUUCCGAAUAACAGUAGUUUAUGAAUAAAAGACACUCGGUUGCUUUUUAUUGCGCAAGGCAGCAAGCUUAUUGUGAUUAUUAUAUUAGUACUUAAAUUUAGCUUUUUUAUCUUAAAUUUAAGCAUCAAAUAUUUUUAUAUUAAUUUAUUUGUUUUUCUGUUUUAAUUUUACAUUCCAAAAUUAUUGAUAAUUUUAUACAUUGGCUGUGUUAUUGUUAUGAGGCCUGCAAAAUUAUAAUGCAUUAAGAAAUAUUAAUUUACUAUUCAUACUGGCACUUAAUAAUAUUGGAUAGUAUUUAUAAAAAAUGAACUUAAAAACACAAAAAUGUUUCAGGGCUCUUUGCUUGUAACUAUGUACCAUAUCUAAGAAACUGCCCAAAUGUGAUCUAUACAAUUAUAUAUAAUACAGUAAAAAUGCAUUCAGAUUGAUCAAUCUCUUUCAGCACUUGUGUUUAACACGUUCAGUGCCACCGACUCGCCCGGAGAGUCCACGUAAAUUUUAUUCCAGCGCCGUAGACUCGCCUCGCGAGUUCAAUGUUUUUGCAAUUUUUUUUCAAAAUGCAUGUGUAUUUUCUGCUUAAAAUAAUACUGAAGACUAAAUAUACACUAAUCUAAUGAAUAACGUGGUGGGCCGGGUGUGCAGACCCAGUUUAUAAUCGAAAGAAAAUAAACUAUUCUGCAAUGCCUUGAACUCGCUAGGCGAGUUCACUAACAUAGAUUCUCAAACUUUUAUAAAUGAAAUAUAUAAAAGGUAGAUACUUUUAUUUUCAUUUUACCAAAAGUCACAUUCACUCGUAAAACAACGGCGGAUUGUGUUCGACACCUUGUAGGGGCUCGAAUUUGGUGUUCACCAAAUGGGUACUUCUAAGUUUUUGAGUCUGUCCUUGCGUUUUUGUUAAACGAACGGUGCAGAAAACACAAACUCAACUCUCGGUCUAUUACUUUAAGAGUUACAACUAAAAGAGGAUCCCUUCGCAUUGUUAAAAAUUGCCGGCAAAACAAAAGGAACCGGUAUUUUUUAUACUACUAUCGUUAACAACUGAGUCUUAGGGCCAUAAAUCAUUUCUCUAUAUCUAUCUCGCUUGCACUUAUGGGUCUUAUGGAGCCGUCUAGUGAAGGGUGUAACAAUGAAAGACAUAUUAUCGAUAAGUAAAGUUUAUUAUCGUAUCUUGUUCACAAAAUUAAAAAAAUUAACAAUAUUUGAUUUAAUAUAAUACAUAUUUCAUAUUAUAUAAUUAUUAACUAAAUAAAAUUAAUCUUCAUCUGAGUCUUCAUCAUCAGAAUCUUCGUCUUGUAAAUUUGUUCUUCGUAUACAGGUACUGCCUGAUUGUGAUACUUCCGUCUUGAUUCGGUCCACUGUCGCUCUGCUCACACCACAAACAAAUGCGGCCAUUUCACGUGGUUUGUUGAAAUUUAGAGAAGCCACUUUAUUCGGAUCACUUUUCAAUUCAUUGAGAAACAGGAAUACGUUGUGAAUCAGUGUUCGAGCUUGAGGGCUAAUAUCGCCAUGUAAUUUCUUCAGAUCAACGUUAGAAAAUAAAGUAUCCAUAGUGCGCAACGAGUAACACAUGAAUGUAUUUAUUUAAUUGCAGUAAACACAUUUAUAGCAAAAAAAAUACGCAAUGCAAUUACAUUAGAAACCGACCAAUCAGAAUCGUCCAAAUCAUUAUUGACUCAUCAUUAGCACGUGCGCAGGUAGCCGUUUAUCGAUAAUUAGGGUGCGCAGGUAGGCGCGCUGCACAUUCCUAUCUUUUUUGACUUUUAUGACCGGACGACUCAGAUGAUAACGCGCAUACUAUAACAUGAACGCUCUGGUUAGUAAGCAAUAAAAGCACUGAUAACAUUGUUUUUGCCAAGCUCUCAUUGGUCAAUCUCGAGUGAAGUGUUGUAACAAACCCGACUUUCUUUAUAUAUAGAUUAGUGUUAAGCACGACCCUUUCCUUAUCGCACGCGUAUAUUUGUUUUCUAUCAUUGUGACUUGGCUUUCGAACUUUACUCAAAACAUCUAUACAUAUAAUAAGAAAAUCUGUUUAUAAAAACAAUAUAAGAUAUCAACAAUAAUCAGUAUUUGUAAGAUUGAGAGCCACUGCAUAAAUUACGAAACAAACUUACCUUUUCGUUUAUUUAUAGUGUUUCUUGCCAUUUUCUUUUUGUUAAAUUACACCAUAUACUAGUUAAUUGCUUUAAACACGUAACGUACACUGUCACGGCCACAAAAAUAACAGAACAUAGUUUUUACCCUAACGCAAUGCCACUGAACUCGCGUGGCGAGUCGAAUGAUUCGUAUCGCAGCGCCGGCGACUCACCUAGCGAGUCCAACGUAAAAUGUAGGCGGCUCCCGAGAAAACAUCGUGAAAAUCGUAGCGGUAAUGAAAGUGUUAAGAGCACAAGGAAGAAGAUUGACUUAAACAAUCUAUUCUAAAGUCUUUUUGACAAAGCAAAAUGGUAGGUAUAGUGGUAAGAUGAUAGACCAAGUACUUUGUGUCUGACAGAGCAUUAUCUUGCAGUCAGUUUAAAGACAGGCGUCCACAGAUCCGCAUGUUGGAUGUGAUUGUAUCCAUACAAUGCAAUGAUGUUAAAUACUGUUAGAUGUGUUACUAGGUCAUGAAAAAUGAGGCGCUCAAAAGAGGAAAUUUCCACAUCUCAAUGUUAGUGUUGUGGUCAACAGUGAAUGUUAUUUAAACAAAUAGUACCUAAAUAUUGUCUACAAUUUUCAGGAUCCGUGAACACACUUGUAUGAUUUUCUAUGCAAAGAAUACUACAAUCCAUUUGAUGUGAUACGUCUGAUAUGUACAAUGUGCUGUGGACGUCUACCAUUGCACAUCAAUAUGCCUGUCAAAUGUUUGUACAUUUAAUCACUUUACUAAUAAACCAAACAGAUUAAACUAUAAACAACUUGCAUUUCAGAAUGUUAAAAAUUAAUGAGAAUUACAAAAUCAUUUUCCACGAUUUUUUUAUUGUUAGUUAUUAGUAAAGUCAGGGCUGUAGCAAUAUUUAAAUAAGCAACAAAUGCUUGCAUUGAAAUAAUAUUCUCAUAAUAAAUAAUAUUUUUUUAGUGAUUUACCUACUUAAUUUUCUUGUAUGGCAGUUUAUAAAUAAUAGGUACAAUCCUUACUAGUUAAUAAUGUGACCUCACAAUUGAAACCAUGUCAAUAUUAGCCCCGUAAAGUAACUUUUUAACUGCAUAAUAUUUAUUCAUUGCAAUAUAAUAAAAGAAACCACAUGUUUAUUCAAAUCAUGCACCCAAUUAAGCAAUAAUAAAACAAUAUAUUGGUUCUAAUUCAGUUAUAUACUACUGAGUUAACCAAUCUUUAAGUUGUGAAGAAAUUUUAUAUAAUUUUAUAAUAAACUCUCUUUUAGUAGUUUUAUGUAUGACUGGAUUAGCACAGUCAUGCAAAUCCAGUUAUACAUAAAACUACUAAAACAUUUGAGGUGAUUUUGAAAAGUAUACCUAGAACAGGGUUGUUGUACUUAUUUUGUACAUUAAUGAAAGUUCCAGUUCAACUAUUUUGUAUAAUUAUCAAUAUGUGAAUAAAUGUGUCAGUAUAGCUUGGCAAGUUCGAUGAUGACACUCCUAUGAUAUGCGGGCGACGGGGGGGGGGGGGGGAGCGGUUGUGACGUUGUGCGCGCGGGGCGGAGGGAAGGACUGCACGGGUAUGAAGUCGUACGCGCGGGGCAUCGCUACCCGGCCUCCGCGGAAUAUCGGGAGUGUUACGAAUGAAUUUGCCAAGCUAUAAUUCAAAUGCUGAAUUUUUGCAUGAAUGUAAUGAGUGUGGGCCGAGGAAAACAGAAUUAUGGUAAUCAAAAUGUUUUAUUUUUGUAAGAUGUACAUUUCUUAUUGUGAAAUUGUGGCUAACCAAAGAUUUCUACACUUUGUAAACCAAAGCAUCAAUUAUUGUUUCAAUCUGGUUAUAUCUAAAUAGAAGGUGAAAGGAAACAGUCUUAGAUUAGUUGUAAGCUAUAGCAUGUGCAUUUAGUGACAUAUUGGGACAGGUAAUAAUAAGCGUAGUUGUGUAAUGAAACAAAUUUGAAAAAAAAUAUUUGGAGCUCAUUCUGUAAUUAGAGAAUUGAAGAUUUUCAUUCAAAGUUUCCAUUAUGAUUUUUAGAAAAUCAUGUGACUGAUCUGAUUAUAGCUGUAUUUUCAGUUACUAAUGAUUGUAAGUUAUAUAACUAUGUAUUUUGAAGUCUCAGGUUCAACCUCUAUUUAUUAUAUAAGUAAAACAAUACUUGAAUUGUAAACAAAAUUUAUUGUCCUAAGAAUAUAUACCUACUAUACAGCAAUUAUUUUGUGGUACUAUUAUAAUAUUAUACUCGAGAUGCCAAACAGUGCUUGAAUCUCAAAUGUGAUUAUUUAUUUGCAUGAAUGAAUUAGCUUGAAAGUAAAAACGCAUCUUCUAUAA